GUUUAGGCUCGUUUGGCCUGCUCGAUGUCGAUGCUAAUGACCGGUGACGUGACGUUUACCAGCUAUUUUGUCCCAAAUUAAUAUCAAUCCACCGAUAGUCGACGUCCUGGCGACUGUAUUUCAUCUCUUUAUACUGAUUCCUGUUGUUUACUUCACUUAAAUUGGUUCGUUUGCAGUUCCAGUGAACUGAUUAGCGUUUGUACCUCUUUCUUAUCUCCAAUCCCCAAAACCCCAUUUUGCAUGUAAGAAUCUUCGUUCCAUAAAAAGGGGUUUGAUAGUAUUCCGAUUAGGAUAUAUGAUUAUUUCAACAACCAUGGCUUCGUCGAUGCUCUAUGGAGGUCAGCAUCUUACAUUAACCCCGAAAGGGUUAGGGUUUAAUGGGUCAGAUUUGCAUGGUAGGAAUUUGCUGAAGAUGAAUUUGGUUGGUAGAAAUUGUAAUUUUCGAUCUAAAACGCUAGUUGUACCCAAAUGCAGUGUGUCUGUACCAAGGCCAGCUUCACAGCCUAGGUUCAUACAACAUAAAAAAGAGGCAUUUUGGUUCUAUAGGUUUCUGUCAAUUGUUUAUGAUCAUGUGAUAAACCCUGGCCAUUGGACCGAAGAUAUGCGAGACGACGCACUGGAACCAGCUGAUCUUAAUAGCCGCGAUUCAAUAGUGGUGGAUGUUGGUGGAGGCACUGGGUUCACUACUUUAGGUAUUGUAAAACAUGUCGAUGCUAAAAACGUGACAAUCUUGGAUCAAUCGCCUCAUCAGCUUGCAAAAGCUAAAGAGAAGGAGCCUUUGAAGGAAUGCACGAUUAUUGAGGGAGAUGCUGAAGAUCUUCCUUUCAAAACUGAUUAUGCCGAUAGAUAUGUGUCAGCCGGAAGCAUCGAGUACUGGCCAGACCCACAACGAGGCAUCAAAGAAGCAUACAGGGUUUUGAAGAUGGGAGGGAAGGCUUGUUUAAUCGGACCUGUUUAUCCAACAUUUUGGUUGUCACGUUUCUUUGCGGACAUGUGGAUGCUUUUUCCUAAAGAGGAAGAAUACAUGGAGUGGUUUGAAAAGGCGGGAUUCAAAGAUGUUGAGAUUAAAAGGAUUGGCCCAAAAUGGUAUCGUGGGGUCCGCCGACACGGUCUCAUCAUGGGAUGCUCUGUGACAGGUGUCAAACCCUCAUCAGGGGACUCCCCUUUGCAGCUUGGACCAAAGGUAGAGGACAUAGAGAAGCCUGUAAAUCCAUUUGUGUUCUUUUUACGUUUCCUUCUUGGGGCAUCAGCUGGAGUGUAUUAUGUUUUGGUUCCUGUUUACAUGUGGAUCAAGGACCAGAUUGUGCCAAAAGGUCAACCAAUAUAAGAGACUGUUUUUAGUUUGUGUGCAAUGUUGUUUUGUUUGAACUGCAAUCUUUAAACUUUCUAGAAUCGAGAUUAUCAAGCAUUUGUUUUAUGAAAACUGAAAAGAGAAUCUAGUCUUUUGGCCAUGAAUUAUAAGUUGCGACACUCACAGAAAUGCACACAUGGACUCCACAUCACAGCCUAUAUGGACAAAGUUGCCACAUUUUAUUAUUAAGAAUAAAACAUAAACAAGAUACCCAGAUUCUUUCAAACUCAAAGCCCUCCAUCUGUAGCGAUUUCACCAUUGUAUGAGAUUAGUUUUGUCGAUUUUUGUAACUAAGAAUAUGUCUUUGUAUUCUUGAUUUCGUUGGUUUGAAUUCAACUUGGAAAUUCGUUUUGGAGGGUCACCAUGUUGGACAGCUUUUUGAAUACUGUCUAAGAUGUGAAUGUGUAUCAUCACUUUGGAUACUUAAUAAAUAAAAUCGGU